AUGAAGCCCAAAGACGACUUGGCUGAUGUUCAUGUCUACCUGUUCAUGUCUUACAUGGAUAUGUCCAAUUUCUUCCAUAAUGGGAAGAAUGAAACAAAUAUCUUGAAGGAUGAGGCCCCCAUCCUCUUAAACCUCUGGAGAAUCAUUUGGGAUAAGUGCCCAGAUGACCAAUAUCCAACUAAGAACCGAGUCCAGUGUAUCCCCAAAAGAAUAACCUUUCUUUCCUAUGAAGAACAUCUCAGCAUCAUCCUCAUCUCCUUUGCUCUACUCUUGUUCCUAACCACAGGCUUUGUCUUAAUCAUAUUCAUUACAUACCUUGAAACUCCUAUUGUCAAAGCCAACAACCGGGACCUCUCCUUCAUCCUCCUGGUCUCCCUUCUGCUUUGCUUCUUAUCCUCCUUGUUCUUCAUUGGCCGACCAAGGAAAGCCACCUGCCUUCUCCGACAAAUAGUGUUCAGCAUUGUCUUCUCAGUAGCCGUGUCUUCUGUGUUGGCCAAAACAAUCACAGUAGUGCUGGCAUUCCUAGCCUCAAAGCCAGGUAAUAAAGUGAGAAGAUGUUUGGGGAAGAGCUUGGCCAACUCCAUCAUCCUUUCUUGUUCUGCUGUCCAAGUUCUCAUCUGUGCCAUGUGGUUGGGAGUUUCUCCCCCAUUUCCUGACUCUGAUUUGCACUCCCAGCCUCAAGAGAUUAUCCUUCAAUGCAACGAAGGCUCUGUCAUCAUGUUUUAUGUUGUUCUUGGCUACAUGGGCUUCCUUGCUGCAAUUUGCUUCACUGUGGCUUUCCUGGCCAGGAACCUGCCUGGAGCUUUCAAUGAAGCCAAGCUGAUCACCUUCAGCAUGCUGCACAAGAAACGUUUUGAACUCAGGCGCUAA